CGGAUUCCAACCAACUUCCCCCAAGUUUCCCACGGUCACCACUCCUACUAACCUCAAAGCUAACCUCACGGCAGCGAGGGGGACACGUGCAGUAGUUGCCUUCUUCCUGCGUUUGCCACUCCCCAGAGCCACAGGUCUUCUCAUACUGUGGUCGUGUGCUCGUGCUGUUUGUUCCUCUGCCUCACCCAGUUCGAUCUGUUGGUGGGCACAGUAAUUGUUGCCUGAAACCCAGCAGCGGCACCCAAAGAGUUCUGCCUCUUACCCAAGCAGAAGCUCUAGGCUAGUUAAAGCUCGACCACAAACCACACAUCUCGCUCUCAGAAUGUCAUUGACUUCGGGCCCUGCAAAUGCUGCUGGGGCUCAAUCCAACUUGAACCUCAGUGUCGAAAGACAUGUGGAUUAUAUCAAGAACUUGGAUAGUAGGAGGGAUGAGCUGGAGUACUGGCUCACAGAGCAUCUUCGACUAAACGGAGUGUACUGGGGCUUAACAGCUCUACAUCUCCUUGGCCGUCCAGAAACCCUUCCUCGUGAGGAGACCAUCAACUUUGUGCUCUCAUGCCAAAGGGAGAACGGUGGCUUUGGAGCUGCUCCAGGCCAUGACGCGCACAUGUUGUAUACCGUGUCAGCCGUGCAAAUCCUCGUGAUGCUAGACGCGGUGGAUGAGCUAGAGAAGCGCGGUCUAGGCGGCAAGGAGAAGGUAGGCACUUUCAUCGCCGAGUUGCAGGAUAAGGAAUCGGGCGCCUUUAUGGGCGACGAAUGGGGCGAGAGGGAUACUCGCUUUCUGUACGGCGCCUUCAAUGCACUAUCCCUUCUGGGGCUCCUCGAUACAGUCGAUGUCUCCAAAGCUGUUUCCUAUAUCCAGAGCUGCGAGAAUCUCGAUGGGGGCUAUGGAAUACAACCCGGAGCUGAAUCACAUGCUGGCCAGGUUUUUACCUGUGUCGGAGCCCUGACGAUUGCCGGGCGACUAGACCUGGUGAACAGGGAUCGCUUGGGGGGCUGGCUCAGCGAAAGACAGGUUGAUAAUGGAGGCCUAAAUGGGCGCCCUGAGAAGCUACCAGACGCCUGCUAUAGCUGGUGGGUGGGGGCCAGCUUGGCCAUGAUUGACAGACUCCACUGGAUCGAUGGUGGCAAGCUGGCUACUUUCAUUCUGCGCUGUCAGGAUUCCGAGGCUGGAGGUAUCGGAGACCGCCCAGGCAGCAUGGUUGAUGUGUUUCAUACCCAUUUCGCCAUUGCCGGCUUAAGCCUGCUGAAGUUCGACGGUGUCAAAGAAAUAGACCCUGCCUACUGUUUACCAAAAACGAUAACAAUGAAAUGUCUAUCGUAGUAGUUGUUUGAUCUUCGCAUCUCUUAUCGUGCUCUGUCUUUGUAGACAUCACCUCCUGCAAUCUAAUAACCCAUUUUUCUUUCCUCCGUGGAUUAUGGGAUACAAGGCGGGAGAAGAGUGAUUGGCACUGUGACUUAUUUCCGCUUCAUACCCCCCCACAAUGGCUUGUUAAGUGGCCGUUAAGACACAGUGGCACAUGAUCUGUAAACUUCUAGAUUUAGUGCAGUAGUCUUGAGAGAACCAUUGGUUUCGAAGAUAUCAUAUGACAUGAAUCCAUAAUGCUUGGUUGUAUCUCUAGUCAUACCACCUCACUAGUUUACUCUCAGGUAUUCAUA